CCUUUCCUUCCCCGUCUCACCCAUCUGUCCCUCCCUCUUACUCUCCCCCUGUUUCCUCCCCUCUAUAUCUAUUUCUCUCUCGCAGCAGAGAAACUUUCAGUUCUGCACCGUGCGCCCUACACAAGGUGGAACUAGAGAAGGCAACAGCCAAACCAGGACUCCUAGAGGGGCAAGUGCCAGUUAACUGAGUGCCAGGUAUAAACUGAAGUAGAGAGCACAGAAGCAGAAGAUCAUAGAAGAAAGUUUUUAGAAGGUGGCAGUUGGGGGACAGAGACAAGACAGAGAAGAACUCAAGUCAUUGGCUAUACAGAGUGACUGGCAGAGAAGAUCCAAGCACAGUUCCACAACUAGUGCCAUGCACCUUACACCAGGUGGGGCCCCUGACUGGUGCCCGGACCCCCGUGUUUUAAAAGUUACAGUCGGGGGUCACUGCCCCCAGAAAGAGCCCCAAUCUCCCGUGUCCCGUGGCUCCAGAAGGUACCUGAUCUGCCUGGAUUUGCUGUGUCUCUGUAUAGUCUCUAUACCCUUUCUCAUAUGUGAGCUGGGUGUGGUGCCACCUGUUCACCGGGGAUUUUUCUGCGAUGACACCACAAUUCAAUUCCCGGUGAUACACCAAGAAACCAUAAGUGACACAGUACUGAUCAGCGUUGGGAUUCUCAUCACCGGGGUCACGAUUGCCUUGGGGGAAUGUUACAGGGUCAGCCGACAGAAUAACUCCAAGUGCCGCCCUAGAGAAGGCUACUUAGCAGCCGUGUACUACCAACUUCUCCCCUUCUUGUUUGGUUCUGCCUUGGGACAGUCUAUAACCAAUGUGGCCAAACUCAGUGCCGGGCGCCUGAGGCCAAACUUUCUAGCGGUGUGCCAGCCGGAGGGCCUCAACUGUACCACUGGCUACAUUGAAACCUACAGAUGUACCGGGGAUGCAGGAGCCGUAACGGAGGCCAGGAAAUCUUUCUAUUCUGGACAUGCCUCGUUCUCCAUGUACUCCAUGCUAUACCUCACUUUUUAUCUACAAGUGAGGCUCACAUGGCGCGGUGCCCGCAUUUUGCGCCCUCUGGUGCAGUUCGUUCUGAUCCUCGUGUCCCUGUACACUGGUUUCACCCGUAUCUCUGACUACAGGCACCACCCGUCAGAUGUGGUUGUUGGUUUCCUGCAGGGGGCGCUGGUCGCAUACUGGGUGGUUUUUCACAUUUCCGACCUGUUUAGCAAGAAGCAAUCAGAGUACGUCACUGUCCCUCCUAGACCCGAGACCCCCGAAACUUUCACCAACUGUUAAACUCCAAGACAGGGCGAGAAAGCUUGGUCUGCGGUCAGGAGGGAGACAAGUCGGGUGGGCCACGCCCCACACCUUAUGCGACAUUGCACAACCAGCGGAGCAGAAAGGAAGCAGAACAGGUUAAAGAUGGAAGCCGUGAGGGUUUCACAUCCUGGUGAAUGUGGCAUAACGGUUGCACCACGGACUGAUUGUUAUUAGCUCUGCUGAACAAACCUUCUCCUGUCUUAGAAUGGAGAACUUGUACAGUAAAAUACUCACCCUCAAUACCAACAAAGAGUAUCGUCACUACAAUAAGUGGACCAUCAACAGCACUUCUGGGGCCCUGCACAAUUACCUUACCCAACAGAACAGAGUGCACAUGGAUGUUUCAUGGGAAGUAUGUAAAAAUACCACAAACCAAAUUGUUUGUUAUUGGCACUUCAGACCGAAACCAUUUUAUACACUUUUUGGAUUUAAUUUGCAAAAGGAUACCAAAGCAGUUCACCCACUGGAACCAGCCUCAGAAUAAGUUCUAACAACCCUUUAGACUAAUGUUUCAGUGUAAAUUCUGGCCAAACCAGUGUUCACAAAGCAUAAGCCAUAUGUUGACCCCUAGCUGCAUCAAACAGGUCUAACUUCAUCUGCUGUGAUGGUGGACUACACUAGUAAGACACAGCACACCGCCCCCCACCACAGCCACCAUCUUCUAGACAAUUUUAGGACUUCGUAUAACUCCACCCAUUACAUAAACAAUGUUGCUGUUACAAGGCAUUCAUUUUUGGCAAUAUUUGUGGUGCAAGGCAAUGUUGUCCUCUAUCACACAACAUAUUUUACAAAUUUACAGGGGUUUUUGUGUGUGUAUAUUGUUUAAAAGAAUCACUGAUGAGACACCACUGGUAUUAAUUGGCUGCACAGACAUUUCUAUUAAAAAGACACCAUUUCAAUACUGGUAUUAUGCUCACGGCACCCAAAGCAUAUUCUCAGGUGACUGUGGAGCUACUGUACCUGGCUGUGGAGCCUAACAGGUAUUUUCCAUAAAAACUAAUGACAGCUUUCUGUUUGGGUUUGGGAGUCUCUAAGAUCCCAUGGUGUUCCCUUCAGCCCUAAGGAUAUAUAAUAAAAGUGCCCUGGAAUGAUGUAUAUGUACGUUUGUGGGUGAAUGUGUGCAACUGGCUGGCCAGUUCUGCAUAAAACAAAAGUAAAAUACAUAUUUUUAUCCUUAUUGUAUAUUGUUCCUGUACUGGCUACAAUUGUUAUCUGAUACCGUAUAAAAGAAUGAUAUGAAAUC